UAUUAGACAAUAUUAAGACAAAAAUCAUGAAUACCAAGGAUUUCGUAGUUCUUCCAUGGGGAAAAUCUGGAAAUUCUGUGAAGUUGAGAUAUAAACAUGCCCAGGAACUACGCAUGGAAAAAGUGCAGCUAGAAUUGGAGAAUGAAGAGAUGGAAAAGAAACUAAAGGAAUUCAGAUUUGCAAGGAGCAAAGAGAAGGAAGAAAUGGGGUCAAAUGGAUACCACUGGACAUCGGGCAAAGUAGGCAAAUUGAGUCAUCAGUCACACACAAUGCUGCAAAGCAAAGGGAAUCCUGUCAAGUUUUCAAGCCAGAAUUUGAGAUUUAAAUUCCUGAAGGAGCAGACCCAAGCGUCAGUGAAACAGCCAUUUAAUUCUAAAAUGGCAAAUUCUUUGAGAAGUGAAAAAUCCAAGACCAAAGGGAGGGUGUGUGGCCAGUGUGAGAACAAAGCUGCUCUCCUGGUUUGCCUUGAAUGUGGGGAAGAUUAUUGCUCGGGGUGCUUUGCUAAAAUCCACCAGAAGGGAGCACUGAAGCUCCACAGAACAACACUCCUGCAGGCAAAAUCUCAAAUAUUAUCCAGUGUGUUGGAGGCAGCGCAUCAGUUCAUAAAGGAAGCUGCUCUGGAGAACACUGCUAUAGGAGAGAGUCCUGGAGGUCGGCAGGAACCCCGCGCACCUGUGCAUCGGGGCAGCUCUGCGGUAGACGUUGCAGUAGGGAAAAGAACAGAAUGUACAAGUCCGGGAGAGAAGCUCUUGCUGGAAGGCUCGUUCAGCGAAGCGGCUUCCGCCCAGUCAUUUCAGGAAGCCUUACGUCAGUGGAGAGCUGGCAGUCACGAAGAGGAGAGACAGAACUUACCAAAGGCAGACUCACUGGAAGAAUGUGAAGUACAAACUACUCUGAAAAUUUGGAGAGAACCACUUCAUAUAGAAUUUAAAGAAGACAGUCUGUCCUACAUGGAAAAACUCUGGCUUAAAAAACACAGGAGAACUCCGCCGGAGCGGCGUCUUAGCAUGGUUCCUGGUACAUUUACAGCCCUGUGUGCAACCUCUGGGGAGGUACAGUGUCCUCAGAUGGAAAAUGAUGAAGACGGAGAUGAAGAAUUAAACAUCGAGAGUCCAGAACCGUCUCUGAAGAUAGUCGAAUUGGAUAAAACUUACGAAGAGGAUUUUGGAGACCCAGGAAGCAUUGUACCCUACAAAGUGGAGUUGGCUGAUGCAGAUUACCACCAAUGUUGUACAUUUGAUGAAUAUCAGAAGAAUAGCUUCCCGUGUGAGAAUGUCAUCUACCGUCAUGUUUUCAACAAGGGACAAAUGGCUCACUUGCACCUCUGUCUGACAAACAGCUUUACACACUGCAAAGAUGACGUGACAGCAGGACCUCCACAUUCAGAUUUGGACAAUAUGGUGGAUCCCAGUGCUUACUGUCCUGACGCUGACCACAUAGAGGAAUGCAGUACUUCUGAAAGAAAUGUUAAAGAGAAAGGUGUAGACGCAGAAAGCAAUCAGAAUUCUGAUUAUUACUGCAUAUCACUUGAGCAUGAGGAUUCUUUGGAAAGUCUAGAUUCAGAAAAACCCUCCAUUGAUGAGAAAGUAACUCAGGGUGUCAAAGAAUCUUUGGGAUUUAGCAAUCUGCCUAAGUGGCCAGACUUUGAAGAUUCUAAAACUGCACACUCACUGCUGUGGUUACAAGAUAUAGCCCUCAGAAGUAAGCCUAUAAUUGAAAAAUAUCAAGGACUUGAGCGAUUCUUUAUUUUUGAUACAAAUGAAAAAGUCAACUCACCUUCUCAUAGCUUAGCAGGCACCCGUUCCACACACAGGAAUACAUUUGCAGGGGACAGAGAGUGGAUCCCAAGCCACAGCUUAAGCACACAUGCUGAUCAUGCAGUUGCCUUGGGUGUUUUUCGGACCGUCCAGAAGUUAUCAAUUGGAAGACCACAAAACACAGCCCAGAAAUCACAGAGACCUUCAUCUGCAAAUUUGCCACUUUCCAGUUCUGUUAAAAGAGGCUCCAGAUGCCUUCCGGCGUCUCCCUUUCCAUCAAGAACAGCUGCUCAGUCACAAUCUACAACUGCGGCUCAAGUUUCAGAAACUGAAGAUCUUGCUAAUGCUGAUCAGAAUGAGCCUUUCUUGGAUGACACUGCUGAUCAACAAGCUAUAGCAAGUUUGGAGAAAGAAUUAAAUGUGCUGAGGAAUCCGGCAGACCCCUCAGAAGAAUGUUACAGCCUAGCCUCAGAAGGGUUGCCAGCUUCCGACAUCCCUUCAUUGACUCCAAGUCAGACUUCCCGGGGUUUCGUUACUCCCUCACCUGUCAGGGCGCCCUGUGGAGUUGAGCAACUAAGCUCUUCUGGAAAAUAUACUGAAAUUCCAUCUACACUGGCACUUUCUGAGAGCAGUACGGAUGAGGAAGAAGAGUUUCUUGAUAAGCAACAAGUCAUCGUACUACCAUAGUUGAAGCAUACUUCAUGAUGCUUUGUCCUUUCCCUUCUGUAUCCAGAGUACAGCAUACAACAGAAAAAAAUGAAACUACUGAUUACUCGUAUGGGUGCUGGCUGUUUUGAUUAUUGAUUUCUCAAGGCUUACAAACUAAUAAAUGUUAGUGAAAGUACAAGGUUAACAGAU